AUGGCGCCUUCGCUUUUCCUCAGUUGUCGUUUUAUCCGUGUCCUUGGUGUCCUGCUCGUGGUGUUGACUGGUUUUUGGAGUUCGUGCAAUCCCAUCCACACUCCUGAGAACCAUCGCAGGGCAUCAGCCGGGAGGGAUGGGGGUGAUAAUCCGCUACUUGAUGCACAAGACUUCCUGAGCCAGUUUCUUUCCACAUUGAACCUGACAGAGCAGAGGCCCCAGCCCAGGUCCUCCCGGCCCAGGCCCGUCGAGGAGCCACCGGAGUACAUGCUGGAGCUGUACGAGCGCUUCGCCAAUGACCGCACUGCUGUGCCCUCAGCCAACAUUGUGCGCAGUUUCAAGAAUGAAGAUUCCUCCCCAUACAGUAUUUCAGCCAGGGGUGUAAAAAUACAUCCCCUGCUCUUCAACAUCUCCAUUCCGCACCACGAGCACAUAAGAAUAGCCGAACUUCGCCUUUUUACCCUGAUUCAGAAGGCUCAAAGGCCAUACGCAAGUCUAGACUGCAAGGUGACCAUUUACAAAAUAAAUGAGGGUGUUGUUUGGACAAGAGAGGUGCAAAGAACAGGGAGAAGGCGGGAUAAAGAGGAGGUGGUGGAGAUGAAGGAUUUGGAGGAACUGGUGACAAAGCAUUUUCGUGCCACAGAUAAGAGCUGGGUGUCGUUUGACCUGACUCAUGCAGUUACACUCUGGCGGAAGUCAGGGUGUGCAACUCAGCGACUGGAGGCUCAUGUCACGAACCUGGGGUCAGCGGGAGAAGACGCCACGCAAAUGGUCACAGGGGAAAGUUUGACGGAGGUGGACAUCAGCAGAAGCCUGGAGGGGAAACAUAAUGCAGUGAUGAUUGUCUUCUCUGACGACCAGAGCAGAGACCACAAACAGGAGAAGCAAGAGCUCAACCUGAUGAUCGAACAUGAGAACGACCGCCUCGAAAACCAAUUCCAGAGCCAACAGGCGUUCUGGGGGCACGUCAGUCACAACAUGGGCCACGCUGACCAGGACCAACACGACCAACAGGCUCUCAUGCAACUGCAGUCCAACCUUAUCUACGACACGCCUGCCCGGAUCCGCCGCAAUGUUGAGAGUCAGCCGUGCAAGAGGACCCCUCUGUUUGUUGAUUUUAAAGACAUCGGCUGGGACACGUGGAUCAUCCAGCCGCUGGGCUACGAAGCCUACGAGUGCAACGGCGUGUGCAACCCACCCAUGACCGAUGAGGUCUCUCCCACCAAACAUGCCAUUGUGCAGACUCUGCUGAGUGUCAAAGAUCCAGACAAAGUGUCGCGUGCCUGCUGCGUACCAACCAAACUGGAGCCCAUUUCACUGCUUUAUCACGAUGAUGGGGCCAUCACUUUCAACCACAAAUAUGAAGGGAUGGUGGUGGCGGAAUGUGGAUGCAGAUAG